AAAAUUGGGAAAGAACGUGCGUGGCCAUGCCUAGUGGUAGUCUGGUUGAGUCAGUUGGUUUGUUUAAUUCUCGUAAUUAGGGCUUUUAUUUCCUUCUUCAAACUCCCCAUUUCACCAUAACCAAACACUCAAUCAAAUCUCCAUCAAUAUGCACUGUUAAACCCCCAUUUCAUCACCAUCUUCUCCUUCUUCUUCCACUCACACACACACAAUCCAAUGGCGGAACCGUCCUACACCAGCCUUCCUACCAGCCACUUGCCUGGUUCCGUUCCGGCUGUCAUCACUGAAGAAAGGGCUUCAGCUGUACAACACGACCCUGAAGCAAAUAUGCAAAUCUUUCCUCCUAACAGUGGUGGUGGUGGUGGUGGUAGCAAGGGGGGAUACCAGACUCUCACAAGUCCAAGUGAUGGGAAUGGACCAGCACCUGGCAACAACUGGAAUGGAACAUUCAGUGUUUCAUCUUACACACAGUACUUCAAUGUUGACACAGAUGAUGUUGUCAACAGAUUAACAAGUUCGUUGUAUCCCACCGGUGACUUUUUCCGGAAAAUCGAAGCUAACCCAGAUCUAUACGGGCUUAUCUGGAUCUCCACCACAUUGGUGUUUGUGAUAGCUUCAUUUGGUAAUUGUGCCACAUAUCUCACGAGUAAAAAAACCGAUUCUACCAUUUCUUGGAGCUUCGAUGUGAACUACUUCCAGGUUUCAGCAAUGGCAAUUUACGGUUAUGCGUUUAUCGUUCCACUUGGAUUUUACUUGUUGCUUCAGUAUUUCGGUUCAAGAGUUGGCCUUAUCCACUUUUGGUGCAUGUGGGGAUACUCUCUCUUCAUUUUCAUCAUCAGCUCUCUUUUAUUGGUUAUCCCGGUGGAUUUUGUUAGAUGGACCAUCACACUUGUCACAGGUGUUGCAUCAGCUGCUUUCGUUGGUUUAAACCUCAAGUCUCACGUAGAGUUAAACGAUCUGACCAUCGUGUUGGUUGCUGCAUGUGUCUUGCAAUUUGCUCUGGCAAUCUUCAUCAAAUCAUGGUUUUUUCAUUAAACUUUCUGAAACUCUAUGAUGUUGCCUCAUUGCAAGUGAAUUUUGAAAGAAAAAGGUGUUGAUUGUCAUAGGAUUACGUGUCGUAGAUUGGGACCAUCGCGAUGUGGUUAGUGUUUAACAUACAGUUUUGGUUUGUAGAAAGAAUGCAAGAACAAAGUGUUGCAAAUUUGUUUUGUUUUGUCUUUGUAUUUGAUUUGGAUCAACACUUGGAUUUGCUUGUAAAAUAGUCACAAUGCUUCCUUUUGGGUGAAUAUGUGAUUUGUAGUCUUUAUUGAUA